UUAAAGUAAUGGCACCACAUUAAAGAAUAUUAAAGAUGAAUUUUCCAAGAUGGCAUCAACAGCGUCUCAAAUGACACCAGCAUCAAUAAACUUCAAUUAAAUCCUGUUUAAACCCUUUAAUGAUUAUUUUAAAGGAAGAUUGAAAGGUUUAUCUUUAAUUACACAUCUAAAAUAUUUACAUAGAAUCUAUAAGUAAAAAAUGAAUAGCUUGCUGUGCGGAGGGAAACUCACCUGGUGCUCAGCUGAGUUAAAAUGGCUGCUCAGUCUUCUGAACUUUGACCCUGGAAGCACUUACCCAUAACUUUUUUUGUGUGUGUGAGAGUUCAGAUUUUUAAAAAUAGUUAACUAUGAAAUGAAGGGAGAGGUGUUCUUUUAAAAUGAUUUAUAUUAUUUAAAAAAUUAUUUUAUUCUGUUAAAGUACAUCUUUGAGACGCCUCAUACUGAAGUUCAGUCUGUGCCAUUAAAAUGAAUAAGGAUAAAGUAUAUUUAAGUGUCUAAAGCAGUGAAACUGGCCUGUCAGACAAACCGUUUUUCAAGCACGUUACAGGUUCAAAAGAAAUGUGGAAAAAUUUACAUCAUAAUAAAAGUGUUAAUCCAUUAUUUACUGCUUAUCACACUGGUCCUUUCUCAAGCCUUGGGAAACUUCUGAGGCUGUACUCGAGGUCUUGGUAAAGAAAUAAUUCACUGAUGUUUAAUUCACGAUGCACACUGAAACAAAAACGAGUACAACGACCCUCAAACCUCAUUGUAGUGGAACAUUCAAAAGCACCGCAAGCUGCUUCUAAUCCUUUUGGCUAGAGUUGCUGACAUGUGCUCCCUCUCUCUCUCUCUCAUCCACACUAUACACUCAGAAAGGUACUGAAUACACACCGAUCACUGUGGGAUUCUACAGUCAGCCUAAACCGUGUUGAGCCCUGUCUAGAUACACCAUGACUGAACAGGACUCAGACCUGACCGCUGUAGUGCAGGAGCUGUGGGACAAUGAUAUCAAUCGCCUGAGACCUGGGACAGACUACCGCAUAUCUCUGCAAAGUAAAGCAGCGAAUCUGUCAGACGUCAGUGAUGGGAAAGAAGAAGCUCAAUCUCCGUUUUUCACAUAUGUGGAUGAAACCAUUUUAAAAAAAGAAACCUUUUUGGCCUUCAUUUCACUUCUGGACAAUUAUGAGAGUGUUACUGGUGUACCAGAGGUCGUGACCCCGGAGGAGGAGGCAGAGAAUCACAGGUUUUUGGACUCCAUAAUAAAGACUUCUGUAAUGAAGAUUGUCCAUAAGUACCUUGUAAAGAACGAUCUCUCUCCACUCGACACAUCAGCAUUUAAGGAGCAGCUGCACCACAUCUGGUUCGAGCUUUAUACCAGGAGAGGAUCCAGCAGGCCAGACUCAUCAGGGUUUGAGCAUGUCUUCGUGGGUGAAACGAGAGGUGGACGCACUGUUAUCGGUUUCCACAACUGGAUUCAGUUGUACUUGCAAGAGAAGCUCGGCCAUAUCAACUACAAAGGCUACAGCGUGGAAGAGAAUUCCCCAGAACCUGAUGAGAACAAACACAUUUUAGCUCUUCAGUUCAGCUGGAAGAACGGGAUCAAGCCCAAAGGGAGCAUCUUCGUUGGUGUGAGCCCAGAGUUUGAGUUCGCCCUGUACACCCUGUGCUUCAUCACCUCUCCUAAUGAGCGCGUCAGAGUGUCUUUCAGUCUUUACGACGUGGAGAUUGUGUGCCAUCACUACAACCGGAAGCACAUAGGAACAACUUACCCUGUCCUCAUCAGAUACCAGGACAUGCAGUGAGCGGAAGGGCAUCUAGGGUUUAUAGUAAUGGGUUAUGAUUACUGCUUUUAUAUUUUAAUCUCUCACGAAAAUAAAACUAAGAAACACUGCAGA